UGACCGGCUCGUUAGUAAACUCAAUAUGGGUUUUACACAGUGACUGAUGUUACUCAUAAAUUGUUUCAAAUAGUUUUAAGCCCCAAAACUUUGGAUUUCAUUUUGUGAUUAUGCGAUGUGAUUGUUUCAUUAAUCCACUCUGAUGGUGUUAGGCGAUGGAUGCACGUGGGUGCUACAGCGAGCGGCCCUGGUGGCGUGCCUACUGGUGGGCACGCUCGCCCCUGAACGCGUCGAGCCCUGUGAGGGCAGCCCGCUGUGCUCGUGCCGCGCACAGCACAUGUCAUGCAUCGCCGUACCGCUGCACCGGUUCCCAGAAUGGCCCCGGAUAGAACUGCAACACCUGGACAUUAGCAUGUCAAAUCUAGAAGUGAUCUCGGAGAGCGCACUGGACGGACUAAGAUUACAAACCCUAGUUUUAGUAGCCAACAAAUUACACUACAUCGAACAACAUGCGUUUAGUUCUAUGUCGGGCACGCUCGCCUCGCUAGACCUCGGUUACAACGAAUUCACUGAAAUACCGCAGCAAGGCUUGAGAGACUUAAAAGUUUUAAACUGGUUAAAUCUACAGAACAAUAACGUGGCACAAGUCGGGUUGGAAGUCAAAUGGCAUCACUUAGAGGAAACGUUGACAAGUUUAUCUUUAAGCAACAAUCAAAUUACGCAUUUAAAGUCUCAAGCCCUGACGUCACUGCACCACCUACUGCAGCUGGACAUGGAGGGAAACCACCUGCGCGUCAUCAGCCCUGACUCCCUACCAGCUUCCCUCACCCUCCUCAAAUUAUCCAACAACUUCUUACAUGAAGUAUCCUGUGAUUUAUUUUUUAACCUUCCUAGAUUACAAUCUGUUCAUUUACGGCACAACGUCAUAUCAUUCGAUAGGAAUAGUACUUGUGCUAGUAAUAAGACUAAAAAAAUCGAGAAAUUAGAUUUAAGUAACAAUAAAAUUAACGAUAGUUCCGAAAUUAUCCUACUCAAAGAAGUCCAAAUACGACAGAUAAUUCUAGAUUUUAACGAGCUGACGGUCAUUCCGAGGCUAGUAUUUGUUAAUAAUAGAGUCGAGAGAUUGUCGGUGUCGUAUAACAAAGUGAAUUAUAUUUAUCGCGACGUAUUUCUGUCAGUGAAAAACAGUCUGGAGCACUUGGAAGUGGAGCACAACAAAUUGUCGCAGCUGCCGGACAGCCUGGCUCAGGUUGCGCGGCUACGCCAUUUAUCUCUGGCGUACAACCAGUUAGAAGAAUCGCCCGCGUUGCCGCCCCGGAUCCAAACGCUUUCGCUCGCUGGCAACUUUUUAACUUCAAUACCGUCUGCGCUUCAAAUGCUCGAAGCCGGCUCUAUUCGUUAUCUCGACUUAAGCUAUAACAGGAUAUCUAAUUUGUUACCUAGCGAAUUCCUGGACUGGUCCACUUCUCUGGGGACUAUUAACUUGCGAGGUAACAGGAUUUCUCAGAUCUAUAAGAACGUUUUUCCUGCUACCAUGCCGGUAAAGGAGAUUAAUUUGAGCUUUAACGAUUUGUAUUACGUACACCCGCAGUCUUUCUCGAACGUAACAGGUUCUUUGCACAUUAUAGAGUCCUCUUCGACGCUGUUCAGCGGUUAUUUCCCGUUCGAGAUUGAAGAGGGAUUAGAGAAUCUCGGUUGGCUAUCGUUCGAUAAUAACGAUUUUCAUAUACUCAGACUAUCAGAUAUGGUCGCGUUUCCAUACUUAAAAUAUUUAAAUCUUGACUAUAAUCGAAUCGUGGACAUCGUAGUUGAUGGUCAUAAUGACUCGAUUCCCCUCAGCGAUCUGAGACUUGCAUAUAAUUUUAUUAGUUCAGUACAAAGCAAAACUUUUGUAAAGAUGCCCGAUUUAAGAAAUUUAGAUUUAUCUUACAACCGUAUUAACAACUUGACUAAGUACAGUUUCACAAAUUUACCGAACUUGAGAUAUUUAUCUCUUGCGGGCAACAUAAUCGAUUCGAUGGAAGCGGACGUCUUUGCAAAUUUACCCAAACUGGAAGUGUUGGAGCUGCAAGACAACAACUUUACUUAUUUAUCGCUGAACUCCUUUUACAAUGUAUCGCAUGAAGAAAUGAUGUUCACUUUAAACGUUAGCAGAAACCAUAUACGUUUUAUAGAAGGCGGCGAUUCUAGAAUGUCUGUUAAUAUUUUUGACGGGUCAUAUAAUGAUAUGCACGAAGUGCCAAAUGAAUUCUUCACUGCAAUGGAAUUUUCCAUUAGGCAAAUUAUUUUAGCUCACAACAAAAUUGUUCACAUAUCCAGCGAAGCUUUUGGGGAAGCUAUAAACUUAGAAAUACUAGAUUUACAUAAGAAUAGUUUAAGUAAUAUAAGAAGAAAAUCGUUCAAUAACUUAGCGUCCUUGCAAAUAUUAGACCUGUCUUUUAAUUAUAUAUCUCAAUUAUCCGUUGAGCAAUUCUAUAAUUUACAUAAACUAAGAUAUUUGAAGUUGGACCACAAUAACUUAAGACUCUUGCCACGAGAUGUGUUUAAAAACACUAUUAUAGAACACCUAGACAUGAGCUACAAUGACAUAUCGCUGUUCCCUAUAACAGCCUUGUCUCAAAUCGGUUUCACGCUGAGGUUCCUCGAUUUAUCGCAUAAUCACAUAGAGUAUUUAGACAAUAGCAUUUUCCGCAACACGCAGUUCUUGCUAAGCUUAAAUCUAGGCCAUAAUCUGCUGACGGUACUAUCAGAUAACACAUUUUCCAGCCUGGGAGGAUUGCGUCAGCUGGACCUUAGUUUCAACUCGUUGAAGGCAAACUUUAAGGAGUUGUUUCACAAUCUUCCCAACUUGAGGCAUUUGAAUCUUGCAAACGUAAGUUUAAAAUCAGUGCCUUAUCUACCUUUGACAAACUUAACGAGUCUCAAUUUGACUUCAAAUUAUAUUAACAUUUUCAAGGAGACUGAUGUUAAGCGACUGGCAAAUCUUCGCCACUUAGACCUUAGUCAUAACCGUCUUACCUCUUUAGUGCCAAAAAUGUGGUUUCAUUUUAACAAUUUGAACAUUCUCGAUGUUUCAUUCAACCCUAUAGUAAGAAUCACGCCAAAUAGUUUCAAAUGGUUGAGUAACUUAUCUCAUUUAAAUUUGAACGGGCUCAAAUAUUUAGACAUAGUUGAUCAAGGUUCCUUCCGUCCCUUAAUAUCAUUACGCUCUCUGCAUCUACAGACAUGGUCGACCAUAAACCAUUCUACUUUCAGCAUUUCUAACAUCACUUCCUCCCUUCCAUCCUUGUAUAAACUAGUAAUUCACUGGACAGACGAAGUUAUGACUAAUCAACUGCACGGGAUUGAUGCAAGAAAUAUUCGCUACUUAGAAAUAAGAGGAGCAAAUUUGCGAAGAAUAUCCGACGAAGCUUUCGAACCAUUUGCUGAGAUUCAGGAGAUAUUUAUAAGGAUAACUAAGACGUCGCUGACGAAACUGCCCACUGCGUUUAUGAAGCACCUCGGGCAAGUCCCGCAGUUGGGCCUCGAUAUAAGUUAUAAUCAACUCACAUCGCUUAAUCCAGCCAUCUUCUACCCAAAUUUCACGAGCUGGAGUCACGUCGCUACCAAAUUGCUAUCAGGUGGUCUGAUCCUGACUGGCAACCCAUUGCGAUGUGAAUGCGAGCUAGCAUGGCUGGGUGCUUGGCUGCGGCGCUGGCUGCAAGAAAACGACGCAGGUGCAGAACUACGAAGAGCUGUGCGCAGUGCCACGUGCAAAGACCUACAAGGCCGUCGAAUCCCACUUCUACAACUACGUGCAGAUGAGGCCGAAUGCCACGCCAGCGCUCUAUCAAGUGACGCUCAACCAAUCUAUUCCGAUGUCGUCUAUACUCUCCUGGUAGCUCUAUGGACAUUACUCUUCAGAUGAUGUAGUGUAGACUAAGUUAUAUACAUAUAAUUCAUAGUCAAUUUGUAUAUAUAUUUCACCACAAUUCAUAGAGUUUGCAACCUCUAUCUGACUGUAGAUUGAUACCAUUUUAUACAUUGUAAAUUUUACGCUAAGUAGCUUAGUAAACAUAGACAAUGUAAAUAGAUAGUUGACACAAAGCAAUGGGCUCUAUAAAAGCUGUUCAUAACGUUACAUUUUUGAUAUAAACAUUGCUGCAACAUUGACUGCAUUAGCACGAUCAAA